AAAAAAGGGGAAAUCAAAAUCCCGCUCAGUCCCAAAAAAUGAUUUUUGGUUACCCGCUCGUUACUCCCUCUUCUUCCCAUCUCCGUCGCGCGCCCUAAAUCCCCCAAAUAAAACUUUGUACUUAAUUCUUUUUCCCUUUUAAUCUCAAAAUUUGACCCCAGAUUUCCCAUUUCCAACAACACCAAGUCAAUACACCUACACCAAUCGCACUUCUUUUUCCUUUUCAUUUCACUGCACUGAAUUCACUCACCAUAGCUACUCCUUUUCUCUCGAUCUGUUAGGGUUUCUUUUAAUUUUAGGCUUUCAAGGGAACGUACAGUUUCCUUUUAAUUUUACUGGUGAUUUCAAUGGCGACGGAAACCCUAGAUGACAAGAAACCGGAGGAAGAGGAGGUGAAAGAUAAAGAAAACGAAGAGGGAAGUAAGGAGGUUUUGGAGAAACAAAUGGAAGUUGAGGAGAAGGAGAACGAGGAAGAAGAAGAAGAAGAAGAAGAAGAAGAAGAUGAGGAAGAGAAGAGGGAGGAGGAAGAAGAAGAGAGUGAAGAUGAAGGGACUAAAAAGGUCAAAGGUAGUAGUCGAAAGGGGAGUUCUAGGAAAUCUGGUCGAGAUUCGGCUGAGAAGAAAGAGCCAGUGACGCCUAGUAGUGACAGGCCUACAAGGGAAAGGAAAGUCGUAGAAAGGUAUUCAGCUCCUUCUGUUGCAAGGUCUUCCUCGUCUAAAACUCUGUCAAUUGAAAAGGGUAGGGGUACUCAGCUUAAAGAUAUUCCCAAUGUGGCUUUCAAGUUGUCAAAGAGAAAAGCUGAUGAUAAUCUGCAGAUGCUUCAUAUAAUUCUCUUUGGAAAGAAAGCAAAGCCUCACAGUUUGAAGAGAAACAUUGGUCAAUUUUCAGGCUAUGUUUGGGUUGAGAAUGAGCAGGAAAAACAAAAAGCAAAAGUAAGGGAAAAAAUUGACAAAUGUGUUAAAGAAAAAUUGGUUGAUUUCUGUGAUUUGCUGAAUAUUCCAUUUAUGAGGACCAGUGUAAGAAAGGAGGAAGUCACUGCCAAAUUAUUGGAAUUUUUGGAAUCCCCUCAUGCCACUACAGACAUUCUUCUUGCUGACAAGGAACAGAAGGGUAAAAAGCGUAAGGCUACACUAAGCAAAAACAUUGGUUCUGCAGAGGCAUUGGAUACAUCAGCCAAGAAGCGACAAAAAACACCCCAAGGUGGAGAAAAGCGCAAGCGUUCAUCCAAAGCUGAGGAGGAGGAGGAGGAAGAUGAUGAUAAAGUUGAAUCCCCUGUUACUAGAGAUGAUUCUCAUGAAGAUGAUGCUGACACUGCACCAAAAGAAGUGAAUGAUGAUGAGGAGACUAAAUCAGAGGAGGAAGAAGAACCCAAGAAGUCAAGAAAAAAGGGCACUUCAAAAAAGGUUGCAACAGAGAGUCUGGAGUCAAAAAGCAAAGAUAAAUCCGAAUCUGGAAAGAAUCUCACCCCUGCAAAAUCUAGCAAAAACUCUUCUGGAUCAACUUCAAAACAAGAUGCUAGUGAUGGUGGUGGGACUUCUGGCUCUAAAUCAAAGGGUUCUGCAUCAAAGAAGCCUAAGGUUGAAAAGGAAAACUCUAAGGAUGGAUCCACCAAAGAGAAGCUUGCAGUCAAGAAGCAAACAAAUAAGUCAUCAGCAAAGGUUUCUGCUAAAUCACAAGGUAAAAGCAAAAGUGGCAAGAAACCUAAACCUGAGCCUAGUAGGGAAGAGAUUCAUGAAGUUGUCGUAGAUAUUCUAAAAAAAGUGGACUUCAACACUGCAACAUUAUCUGAUAUCCUUAGGCAACUAGGUACACACUUUGACCUGGAUUUGAUGCACAGAAAAGCCGAGGUGAAGGAUAUCAUUACAGAUGUGAUAAAUAACAUGUCUGAUGAGGAUGAGGAAGGGGAUGAAAGUGAGGAGAAUGCCGAUACAGGUGGGGGUGCUGAUAAAGAUGGUGAUGGAGAUGAUGAUGCCUAGUUCUCACUCGAGGAAAUUAUAUGACCGGUAAUUUAUCUCUCCCUCUAGGGAUUUGAUUUGCAAUUCUCAAUAGAAUUAUAAAAUUGUAGUCAUUUUAGAUGUUCAAUAGGUGGGAUUGUAACAUAUGAGGUAGUUACUCUUUUGUAGUAACUUAUUGUAGUAUGCUUGUAGCUGAAGUUUCUCAUAGUGAACAUCAUGUUGUUUAUUCGGCAGAAGUUUCAAAGAUUUGAGUUUUAGAAGAAAGAAUGUACUGUAGUCAAAGAUGAUUAUGUUAACAUUUUGAUCAAACAUUAUGAAAAGUUCUCUUGUUAA